AUACUUUCCCCGUUGUGACACACCGGAAGUAGGUUUUGGUGUCAGUUUAGCCACAGUUUCUAUCUUUGGCUUCGCCUUCAUUUACUACUCAGAAUAACAACAACAACAAAGACAGAUUGAUAACAAAUAGUUAUUCAAAUCGUCUCAAACAAAGGAAUAGACUCUGAAUCGGAGAGAUAGAGCACAGCCAGCUAUGCUGACAGAUGCAGAUUAUACAGUGAAUGCUUCAGGUGCUCGGCGUGCCAAGAAGAGGACAGCAAUGGAGUCAUCAUCUGGGGAUGGUCAGUCGUCCCUUCGCUCCUCUGGUAGACAGGUCAACGUCAGAAUGAAGCGCUGCAAUAAUCCUCCACCUGGACAGACUAAAAGAAAAGCCACUGACACAGAGGAAGAAGAGGACCAAUCUGAGAAGAAGUACAGAAAGUGUGAAAAGGCUGGAUGCUCGGCCACAUACCCAGUGUGCUUUGCUAGUGCCUCUGAAAGGUGCGCCAAAAAUGGCUACACUUCUCGGUGGUACCAUUUGUCCUGCGGGGAGCACUUUUGUAACGAGUGUUUUGAUCACUACUAUAGAAGUCACAAAGAUGGCUAUGAGACAUAUGCAUCCUGGAAGAGGGUUUGGACUGGCAAUGGGAAGAGUGAGCCCAGUCUGAAAGCUUUCAUGGCAGAUCAACAGCUUCCAUACUGGGUCCAAUGCACUAAGCCAGACUGUGGGAAAUGGCGUCAGCUAACCAAGGAGAUCCAGCUCACUGCCUCACUAGCAGCCACGUAUCGCUGUGGCAUGAAGUUCAACAAUGUCAAGACCGAAGGGCCAGACCAGUGCUCUCUGCCAGAAGAUUUGAGAGUGGCGGAGGUGAUCGACAGCUGGUGGCAUUCCAUGCUGAUCCUGCCCCCGUUAUUUAAGGACAGCCCGGCCAACCCUUUCCUCACAGCCUACUAUCCCGACUGUGUGGGCAUGAGCCCCUCAGGAUCCACCAGCAACCACUCUCAUGCUGAGUUGAGGGCAGAGCACUGCAGAGCCAUCCCACCACAGAUUCCAGGGCUGUGUCCAUACUUCCAGCCUUUUUACCAGCCCAACGAGUGUGGGAAGGCCUUGUGUGUGCGACCGGACAUGAUGGAGCUGGAUGAGCUCUAUGAGUUUCCAGAGUUUUCCCGUGACCCCACCAUGUACCUGGCCCUGCGUAACCUUAUCCUGGCCUCCUGGCACAGAGGCUGUAAGGAGGUGCUGACACCCCAGAACUGUGCUCCUCACAUCAUUGUGAGAGGGCUGGUACGUGUGCGUUGUGUACAGGAAAUGGACAGGGUGCUUCUCUUCAUGACCAGGAAGGGUCUGAUCAACACUGGGGUUCUAUCAGUCAAACAGCCCCUGCUUCCCGAGCGCUACCACAACAAUAACGUGAUUGUGAUUGGAGCCGGGGCAUCGGGGCUGGCUGCUGCGCGGCAACUGCAAAACUUUGGCAUGCAGGUGGUGAUGCUCGAGGCGAGUGAGCGGAUUGGAGGGCGGGUGUGGGACGAUACAUCGCUGGGCGGCGUCACUGUGGGUCGGGGGGCUCAGAUUGUGAACGGCUGUGUGAACAACCCAAUUGCACUGAUGAGUGAGCAGCUCAGCAUUAAAAUGCACAAGCUGGGGGAGAGGUGUGACCUGUUCCAGGAGGGAGGGAGUGCCACAGACCCGGCCAUCGAUAAGCGCAUGGACUUCCACUUUAACGCCAUCCUGGAUGUGGUGUCAGAAUGGAGGAAAGACAAGUCUCAGAACCAGGACACUCCUCUGGGAGAGAAAAUCCAGGAGGUCUACAAAACGUUCCUUCAGGAGUCUGGGGUCCAGUUCAGCCAAUUGGAGGAGAAAGUGCUUCAGUUCCAUCUCAGCAACCUGGAAUAUGCCUGUGGAAGCACACUGGACCAGGUGUCGGCUCGAUCCUGGGACCACAAUGAGUUCUUUGCUCAGUUCUCAGGAGACCAUACACUGCUGACAGAGGGCUAUUCGUCUGUGCUUAACAAACUGGCUGAGGGCCUCGACAUCCGCAUCAAGAGCCCGGUUCAAGCUAUCGAUUACUCAGGGGAUAUAGUCAAAGUUACCUCAUCCAAUGGGACUCAGUGGACAGCACAGAAAGUUCUGGUGACAGUCCCAUUGACUUUACUCCAGAAGAAUAUCAUUCAAUUCAACCCUCCUCUUCCUGAGAGAAAGCUGAAAGCCAUCCACAGUCUUGGAGCAGGUCUCAUUGAAAAGGUUGCUCUGCAGUUCCCGUUUCGCUUCUGGGACGGAAAGAUCCAAGGAGCAGAUUACUUUGGCCACAUUCCACCCAGUCCUGACAAGAGAGGGAUGUUUGGUGUGUUCUAUGACAUGGAUCCACAGGGAAAACGGAGUGUCCUGAUGUCCGUCAUCAGUGGUGAAGCUGUGCCUUCUAUCAGGGACAUGGAGGACAAAGAUGUCGCUGAUCAGUGCAUGAAGGUGCUGCGUGAACUCUUCAAGGAGCAGGAGGUCCCCGAUCCGGUGAAUUACUUUGUGACUCGGUGGAGCAGAGACAUGUGGUCUCAGAUGUCAUACAGCUUCGUGAAGACAGGGGGCAGCGGGGAGGCCUAUGACAUCAUUGCUGAAGAUGUGCAAGGAAAGGUGUUCUUUGCUGGGGAGGCGACCAACAGGCACUUUCCUCAGACGGUAACAGGAGCCUAUUUGAGUGGCGUCCGAGAAGCAAGUAAAAUAGCUGCUUUGUAACUCCUUCCCUUUGAGCAGUCACACGAUACCAGCAUAAAGACAUCGACGUUGUACAGCGCAAAUCAUUCGUUCCCCAAGUUGCUCCUCUUUAAGUGGUGUCUUCUUCUUGUGUGUACAGUACCUCGUGUGAGCAGAGAUGGCUAUAAUGCUGUUUGAAAUGUUAUGGUUAUGUUUUUCCUGUUUAUUAUGAGUGAAAUAUGACGUUGUUGGUUUAGUUGGAGAUCACUAUAAUUCAGGAUCAGCAGCACACGUAUGCUCCUAAACAAUUCAUUUUGAUGUACAAAUGGUUAAACGGUAUUUGCAUUCUAUAUGGAUCUUCGUCAUUUGUUUGUCAAUAUCACACAUCAUUAAUGGCUUUUAAAAAAAUAAUCAAAAUAUAUGUUUUAUAGUCAGAUACACCAGAUAGGUGCAGUGAAAUGUGUUGUUUUACAGGAUCAGCCAUAGUAGUACGUCGCCGGAGCAAAUUAGGAUUAAGUGCCUUGCUCAAGGGCACAUCGACAGAUUUUUCACCUUGUCGACUUGGGUAUUUCGAAACAGCAGCCUUUCGGUUACUGGCCCAACGCUCUAACCGCUAGGCUACCUGCUGCCCUUUUUAUGCUCCAAUGUGUGUGUGUGUGUGGGGAUAAUGAGCAAUGUGUGUGUGUGUGGGGAUAAUGAGCAGUGUGUGUGUGUGGGGAUAAUGAGCGCUUAACUGUCCAAGGACUAAUAUUAUUUUAGUUGAGACGUUAUGUAAAUGAGUACUUCUGCAUUAGUGGGUUUUUAAUGAGUUAUAAUUAAUUAAUUAAUUAUAAUUCACGUUUUCAUAAACUGGGCCAAAUAAAAAACACCAAAUAAGGAUGAGUCAUUUGGCUUUAAUCAGAGUGACUGGUUAGUUAGUGUAGCCUUCAAUUGGGUAUUAGUUGUACCUGCAUUGUUUUUAGCAAGAAAAGUUGAAAACAUUUGACAGUUCUCUCUCUCUUUCCAGGUUAUUGAGGCUUUAGUUGGCUACCACACUUAUCAUGUUCCUCUGUCUAUAUUCUGACACCAUGUUCGAAUAUGACAUUUAUUAAACAUGUGUAGCUUAAUAAAUGAACCAAACUAACUACA